AUGGCCUGGUAUGAUCCCAGGCACAUUCUAGCCCUCUUCAAGCGGACCAAGAUUCCAAUCGUGGUUGAUGGCGAGAUCAACCCGAGUCUUCUCGCAAUCUCCAGACGAGGUUACUGGAUCCAAUCCCGAGUCCUAUGCAUCCCCGACCGAUUUGGCCCCUUCUUGUCUGGUCCACCUCUAUUGCAGGCACAUCAGGCUCAUAAGCUCGCCAGCAUUAUCAACGAAGCGGUCGGUCCAGUCAUUGGUGCAUCGAUGGUGGAAUUAAUGAUCAUCGAAACCGGGUGGUGGCUCCCAGGAUUUAUGGCUGCAAUUUGCUUCUUAUUCAUUGUUUCUGUCUACGUUGGGGAGGUCCUUUUCAAUCCAAUGCGUGCCUCAGACUACAACUGGGAGGCACUCAACAAGAAGAUGGGCGUGCUGCAGUCGGCUGCCUAA